UCAUUCAAAUUAUUCAUAGUACUAUUCAUAUAUUCUUAUCUUUCUUUUCAUGGUUUAAUAAUUAUUAUGUUCAUGUCUAACACGUAAAUUCAGAGUUGUUUGUUUACGUCAUAUUCUAUAACAAAUUUGAAUAGUGCUCUACUAAAGGUGCUUUUGCAAAGGGCGCCGUCUAUAGUGUCAAGAUGGCAAAUAUUCCGGAAUGUCCGCCCAGUCUGAAAUCUAUCCAGCACUAUUUGAAGGUAGCUACGGAACAUGAGGCAAGGGAUCCAGUGAUUGCCUAUUGGUGCAGGCUACAUGCCUUACAAGUUGGUCUUAAGGCAACAACAAAGAAAACGCCAGAAGAGACUAAGGUUUUGAUGGCACUAAUGGACUGGUUAGAAGAAGCCAAGAAGAGCAUGAAAGACAAUGAAGCCAUCAGCAAUGAGGUGGCGGGUCAGGCCCAUCUUGAGAAUUAUGCUUUGAGACUGUUUCUAUUUGCUGAUAAGGCAGACAGAGAACAGAAUUAUGGAAAGAACAUGGUGAAAGCAUUUUACACAGCCGGCAUGAUCUAUGACGUGCUGACGACAUUUGGAGACCUGACUGAUGAAGCCGCGCAGAACAGGAAGUAUGCUAAAUGGAAGGCAGCCUACAUCCACAAUUGCUUGAAGAAUGGAGAAGCGCCUGUCCCAGGUCCAAUGCAAGACGGAGAACAAAACGAUGAUUCAGAAGUGCCGAACCCCGCACCCGCCUCAGAGCCCGCACCCGGUGCGUCAGCGUCCGGCUUCCCGCAGGCGCCCGGCUUCUCGCAGGCCCCCGGCCUCCCGCAGGUCCCCGGCGCCGCGCCCGCGCCCGCCACGCCGCCCAGCAGCUUCUCCAGCACGCUGCCCGACCCCGCGCUCGCCAUGCGCGCGGCCUCGCAGCUGCCCAACGUGCCCUACACGCCCGACCCCAACCCGGGCGGGUUCGUGCCCUACGACCCCGAGCAGCAGCCCGCCCCCGCCGCGCCCGCCUCCCUGUACGGAGACAACACGAGCGCCGCCCAGCUCACGCCGGACCAGAUAGCUAAAGCCCAGAAAUACUGCAAGUGGGCGAGCAGCGCUCUCAACUACGAGGAUAUGAAGACGGCCAUCACUAAUCUCAAAAAUGCCUUGGAACUGUUGCAGACUGGAAGAGACCCGGCUUGAAGUUUUGUUACAUUUUUUUAUUUGCAGCACACCAUUAUGGAAUCGAGGCAAUACAGGUGAUAUACAUUAUGUUUAUCAUCAUAAUAAGAGAAUCUUGAUGUCCAGGCUGAUUUGUGAUAUUCUUGAUCCAAUUUUCUAUUGACUGACCUUUAUGUAAUGAGCAUGAGUGUAGUUAUGUAUUUUGUACACCUCUAAUGCACUCAAUAACUAUUCGCUAAUAGUAGAAUUAGCAACAUUUUAAAUUGUAAUUAGUUGCAGAAAUACGUAGUUUGCUUGAUAGAAAUUUUAUAAUACUACUAAUUGGCUUAGACGGAUGUCGCCUUAAAUUCGCAUGAUGAUUAUAUUACAUAUAUAAAUGUAUAUUAUAUUUAUAUGAAAUUGAAAACAGUUGUAUAGAUACAGUACUCAUUUUAAAUACUUAUUUUAGGGUUAAGCCUUAACAAGUAUUUUAUCCCACAUGGUUGUACUAAAGAACAGCUUUAAUCAUUUUCGAGUUUUAUUUAAACAAAAAGUAAAUUUUACCGGUAGAAAUGAAACCAAGUAAUUCUCUUUCCAUUUAUUCAAACAAUCACACUUCAAACACGACGCACAUCACACAAAUAAAUAAUACAAUUAUCUAAUUUUAUCAAAAUUGCAAUGAUUAUUAAAUAGUUUGUCAUCUCCAGUCAAUGUGAAGUUUCUAAUGGGUAACAAUCAUAACGUUACGAUGAAUAUAGGUACCUAAAAGGUUACAUAUCAUAAUUGUUUAUUGAUACCUACGAGAACAUACGUGUUCUUAUGAUGUCAUGAUGGUAAUAAAAUUAAUUAAAUACAUAGCUAAUCUUCAAGACUCCCUUUGAGCAAAUCAGACACCACAAAAUUUAAGGGUGCUUUAACCAAAGAUAUAUCUUUGUGCAUUAGUUGGCUAAACCUACCAAUAAUAAUAUACAGUGGCAGUAACCGUAGUCCCUAAAUUACAUACGCAUUGCUAUCAUACUCGCACAUACAAAAUGAACCUAGUGCUUAGGUAUCGCUUAAAUUAAUAUCACUUUUAGGUACAAAUAGCUCCUGUCGAGAGUCGGAGCACGAUUUAAUGUUAUUCGUGAUCUAAUGACGGCGUUUCGAAACGGCUGUUGUCAAAUAACUUAACUAAAACAACGGCGAGUGACUAGAGUAAAUCACAGCAAAGUGACAAAAAGUCGUAACGACAGGAUUUGUAAAACGACAUUUUACAAUAACAUUGUUAAAUUAAUAAAUAUGCAAAAUGCAUUACGAAUUCCAAUUUAAACCUCUCACGGUAUUGUUGAAAUUUGAAAGCAAUUGGCGUCAAAUAAAGAAUGGAUGA